CAGGGAUAUCUGACUCUCCAAGACCCAGGGUGAAAGAGGCAAUCCACAUAAGAUUUCAGAAAAAAAAGAGCCUAGGAAGUAGCCACUUUAAAUUUAAGAUUCAGUUAAUUAGAGAACUUCCUUUCAUCAAAGUCAUUUUAAGGCCAGGUUAAGGAGUGUAGCCUCAUUUCCAGAACUGUGUCCUGUGCUCAAGCCCACAAAUUACCUAACCAAUGAGAAUAAUUUACUUGCAUUUUCAAUCAUUGACUAAGAUUUACCAACAAUUGACAAAGAUUGAAAAUUUUCAACAGAAUAGUGACAAAGUAAUGAAAUUUUUACCCAGAACUGACAUGAGACUGUCAUAUAUUUUAAUUUAUGCACCUUUUGUAGUAUGCUAGGUAGUAAUCAUAUGUUACAAAAGGCAGUGUAGAGCAAGAGAUGUAGGCUCUCUCUCAACCAGCUCUGCCAAAAAAUAAGUUUAAAAGAAGUUAUAUUGCCCUGUAGAGAAAAACUAUAAAGCUGUUGCAGAAUUCAUGGGAGAGGCCCCAAAGGAAUAUUUUGGUGUAGAUUUUAUGAAACAGGCUGGUAUUAAUAGCAUUUAUAGGCAACUCACAAACAUCAAAGUUCCACCCAAACAUUCCUCCUAGGAAAAGAAAGCUGAGUUUGUCACCAGGACCACUGAAACCUUUCUUGAUGAGUAUGUUUUGCCUGAGUGUGAUGUUGAAAAGCUGGGUGUGGAGAUUUCAACAUCAAAUUCCACGAUAGAAAAGGAACACCUCAACAGGCAGCAAUUCACUUAAAGGAAGAUGGUAUAACUAGCUAGCUUUAAGUCCAAUGCAAUUUAUACCAACUGGCCCACUGCGCGUGGGAAGCUUAAACAGUGGAACAGCUGGGUGAAAGGCAAUUGUAUAUCCCUUCAUAUCUCGCUUCCAAACUUGACCGGAAGGUUGGACUGAACGGCACGCUAGAUAAACCCUCGGCAUUUCUUUCUAGACCGUAAGUACACUUUCUAUUUGUUUUUUAGUUCAUUUACACAAUAGCAAAUUUCGUUCUCCUUUCUACCGCUGGCGUAAAGGACCGUGUGUUCUUACUUAAGCAUGCGCAGCAUCCAACCAUAGUUGGAGACGGGGUCGGUGCAUCCCACGUCAAGCUCCCACCCCCGCCAGUUGGACGGGGAAAGAGUACGUGAAUUUUUCACACAUUCGUAAAAUGAGGUAACCGGAAGUAGGGAAACAAACGGGAUAUUGGGAAGCGAGAUAACAGCAAGCGCCAAAGGGGUGACACUUCUUUACCCUAAAAAAAGAGAGGGGAGUAAAGAUUUCAAAAAAAGAGAGAAAGAGGAGGAAACCCAAGGGAGGAAACGGCCAAAAUUGUUUCGUACUCGCGAGGGUGUUUCGCUAUGCAUCGAAUAAAAUAAUCAACGCUGCAAUGAGAAAAAAAGGAGUAAAAUAAAAGGGACUUUUAAACUAAGCUAAAUGAGGAAUUUUACUCCUCGAAAAAGUUCCCACCGCGCAACAGUGCACCGUAAGGUUGAGUAGAAAACGCGACAAGAUAGUAACAGGUAAUUUAGCUUACAUGUGAAUUUAGAACAGUCUGGACUUCAAAUGGAAUUUAUGUUACGCGUUGUUAAUCUUUUUUUUUUUUUUCGGAGUUAUGAAAUACGAGACAAAGGUUACGAGAAUCUUCUUGGGUCAGUGAGUCAGUGACAAUUAUGGUAAGUAGGUGUAAAUCAAAAUCUGUUUCCUUUUCGUUGUAUCUAAACAUAGAAAAUCGUUUCACUCGGAAAUAAAAGUUGAUGACUCUACUUGAAGUAUUUCCUUGCCACACAAUACGAAAACGUUUGGGACUCAGAGCAACAUAAGUUUUUACAGAAGAUGCUGCAUCUCGCGCGAUGGGUUAAAAUUUCCGUGACAUUGUAACGAAACUCGGAGUCCUCUCUGUUGUUAAUAUCUUAACUUUCGUCGUUGUGUAACUGCUUCUCGACUUAUUAACUAGCUCGAUCAAAUUUUUUGAUUCAACCAAAAAAUUUUCGAAGGACGUCGGGCGGUCGUAGCGAUAAACGAUCCCACGUCCGCAUUUCCGACGACAUCAUCGUCGCCGCCCCCGAGCGUCGGCGGAGUAUCAGUUUCGGCUCGGCAGAGCAAUGUCGGCCCCUCCGUCAAUAUAAGAGCGUCGUCAAUUUGUAAAAUCAGUUCAAUUCGACGAAGACCAAGAUCACUGAAACUCGAAAGAUUUGAAGCUACAAGCGGUGGUACAGAAGUGAAGCUCGAAGAUGAGUACGCCUUUGGUAAAUGUUGUUUUUGCCAUUCUCUCGUUUACAAUGUCCUCAAUGGCGAAAAGUAAGUAGUACAGUCUGUGUACAUGUAUGUUAGUUUUCUUUUUCUUUUACAUUGCCUUGACUGAUUUAAAAAAACUGUUGGUGUUAAAAAAAAGUAUGAACCAUGCAACCGAUUUGUUCACUGGUAGUCAGGAAAAAAACUUCUGCCUAUAACCGGAAUGGAAAAGCUCAACUAACUAUUUUUCAGUGAAAAUAUCUAGUGCAGCAGAAAGUGUUUCGGAAGGAAAAAUCCUUAAUGCUUUGUCCAUCGCUUAAAUAUCUUUAAGAAUAAAGUAGCGAAGAGCACAAAAAAAUAAAUAAAUGACUGAGUAAAUCACUAAAAUGAAUGAGAAAAUUGGAUAAAUUUUUUUACUGUUUGAUGAAAAACUGCCGCAUUGUAGUUUGCCGAAGAAGACCGAUAACCAGCCAGAGUCGAAGAUGAUCUGGUCCUUCAGAGGGGAAAAGCCUCCUUCAGUCUCCUUACACAGAUUACUAUAGGAAAUGCUCAGACCUCGCUUUCUCAUUGAACAAUGAAUCAAUACGGACGAUUCAUCAUAAUAUCCAUUUCUCCCGUAGCAUGUCGAGACAGUAUUACAACCCCAGUUUGUCAACAUUUUGUCCAAACAUAUCGUGAUUCUUGCAAAUGGCCGGAGAUGAAGACUAGCUGCCCGUUAACUUGUAAAUUUUGCGUUCCCCCGCCAAGAUGUGCAACUAAGGCCAGCAGAUAUGGCUGUUGCUGGGACAAAAAAACGGAAGCGAAAUCAUAUGCUGGCGACGGUUGUCCUGAAUGUAGGGAUCAGUUUCCAAGCUACUGCAGAGAGCGAAUUGCAAGGCAUCCAAGGAAAAGCGCUUGCAAUAAGAAUGGAAGUAAGAUGUGCCCCAAAAGUUGCGGUGUUUGCGAACACAAGGCCGCUGCGGCUCAAGCGCCGCCUGAAUGUCUUUAUUCCCACUAUGGGUGUUGCUGGGAUCUUACCUCUGCUCAGGGACCUGUUGGCGAAGGAUGCGUAGCUUGCAGAGACCGCUUAAGGACGAGAGCGUGCAAAAACUUACUACGAAAUUAUCGCCUUAAAGGCAUAGAGGGUUGCAAAUGGAAGUCUGUGAAGUCGAUCUGCGCUCUCACUUGCAAUUCGUGUGUGGUGAAACCGAAGUGUGCCUUAGAAACAAGUAAGUACGGAUGUUGCUGGGACAAGAAGACAGAGGCCAAAGGAUUCUAUGGUGAAGGUUGUCCUGAGUGCACAGACCGUUAUCCAAAGUACUGCCAAAGACGAAUGUCUAUACUUUCUACAAAGAGAGCGUGCGAUGAGCGGGGAAAAGCAUAUUGUCCAAAGAGCUGUGGUGUUUGCAGUGAGUGAAAUGGAGAGUUAAACUCAGUAAACGAAGGAAACCCCAUCAAUUCCUUUUGAUAAUUCGAACGAUCGUAAAGCCCUAAGAUUUAUGCUCUGCCUGAGUGGAGUUGGUCCUAAAAUUCUCAAGUUAUUUAAGACUUUUUAUAAAGGAAGGCGUCUCCCUUUCUUUACAAGGGGUACAUCAUGAGAACAAUAAGGAGUAACUCACGACUGUGAAUCGAUUAGCUUUAUAAAAUCUUAUGAAAGACUGCCGAAAAAUUUUGGUCUUGGCGUAAGUAAGAGAGGCUCACAACUAUAGCGCAGUUAGCUCAUGGUAUGCCUGCUGUGUGAUACAUUUUAAGUAGCUUCUCUACAAUUUGUUCAUUUAUCAACGCCGUUAUUUAAACACCGUUCUCAUCGUCUCCGUUAUAAGCCACCCAUAUACCUUC